UUUCUAUCCCAAAACGACAUCGUCUCUCCUCUGAUUCUACCAACAAAACCCCAAAAAUUCGACAGCAAAAUAAUCGGACUUUUCUGAGAAGUGAAAAACUCACUUCCAUCUUGGACGACGACCCAUAUCAGUAGCUUUGGCGAGCAUUCAGAAGAAGAAUGAAUAAGGGCGGAGGUGCAGCGUCAGGGGGAGGAGGAUUGGGAGGCGCGGGGAGCGGUCCCACCGCGGCUGCUGCUGUGGCGGCAGCUCAGAAGCAGAAGGCGCUGCUUCAGAGAGUGGAGACCGACAUCUCCCAAAUCGUCGACAAUUUCAGCCACCUCGUCCACGUCUCCAGGGUGAAUGAUCCGCCUGUUAGAAACUCUCAGGAAGCUUUCAUGAUGGAGAUGCGUGCUGCUCGAAUGGUCCAGGCAGCUGAUUCUCUGCUUAAGUUGGUGUCGGAAUUGAAACAGACGGCAAUAUUUUCAGGGUUUGCCUCCCUCAAUGAUCAUGUAGAGAAAAGAAUUGUGGAGUUCAACCAGCAAGCCGAGAACACAGACCGCCUGUUGGCUAGAAUCGGAGAGGAGGCAGCUGCUAGCCUCAAGGAGCUCGAAUCCCAUUACUACUCUUCCGCGCUGAGGACUGCUCAAAACUUGCAGCCAUGAGCUUCGCAUUACAGUAGAAACUAGUGUGGUGCUUUUACUUAAUUAAGAUCAUUGGUAUUUUUUCUGAAAGUGUAUUUUUGUUUCACGUUUUCAAACUACCUCAAAGUCGCAAAACUGAACGCAAUGACAUUCCAAAAUUCAUACA